AUUGUCUGGAGGGGAGUACACUGGCUGCUACUACUAUCAAUCUACUCAUUAUAUUUUGCAAAUAUUUGCAAGGAUCUGAGCUGCGCUAGAGUGUUAGACCAACGUAACCCCCUGCGGUCAGCUGCAAAAUGGAAGACUCGAGCAUAUUCCUGCAGUGGGCGAUGAACACGCUGCGGCACGAGCAACCAGCGGCGGCCGCCGUCAACGACGACUGCAGCAGCGAGGCGACGUUCCCCUCGCUCCAAGCGCUCCGGGAGGCCUCACACGCAGCCGAGAUGGUGCAGGAGCUGAUCGAGGAGGCCCCCGCGAACAGCUGGAGCUCCGGCGACACCACCGACGGCAGCAGCGGCGGUGGCAACAACAACAACAACUCGGCCCCUGCUGCUGCGGCAGCGGCGGCGGCCAUGGAUCACGAUGUCGUCUGGCCUGCGUCAAAGACGACCUCGCCGGUCAGCAGGCCCACCUUGAGCAGGAGCAGCAGCGUCACCAACCCUCCUCUGAGCUGGAACUUCAGCGCCGCCGCCUCGGCACAGCUAGGCAGCGACGGCGGCAUGCUGCCGGAAUUCGCCCACAAGCGCGCCCUACCGCUGGACCAAGUGUACGGAUCGCCACCGGCGAGGAGAGCCGGCUUGAGGAGCCCGGCUGGAUCCAUGUCGGCGCCGUACGCUCAAGACCACAUCAUCGCUGAGCGGAAGCGGAGGGAGAAGAUCAACCAGCGGUUCAUCGAGCUCUCCACCGUUAUCCCAGGCCUCAAGAAGAUGGACAAGGCAACGAUCCUUUCAGACGCGACCAAGUAUGUGAAAGAACUCCAAGAAAAGCUCAAGGACCUGGAGGCUGGCGGCAGCAACGGACGCAGCAGGAGCAUCGAGACCGUGGUACUCGUCAAAAGACCGUGCCUCCAUGCUGCGGCGGCAGCGCCAGACGACGAUGGCUCCCCAUUGUCAGCGUCGUCGGGCACGUCGCCGGCAGAGAGGAAGACGCAGCUGCCGGAGAUCGAGGCCCGGUUCUCGGAGAAGAGCGUCAUGGUGAGGAUCCACUGCGAGGACGGCAAGGGGGUGGCCGUGAAGGUGCUCGCCGAGGUCGAGGAGCUCCAUCUCAGCAUAAUCCAUGCCAACGUCCUGCCCUUCGCAGAGGGCACUCUCAUCAUAACCAUCACGGCAAAGGUGGAGGAGGGAUUCACUGUAACUGCGGAGGAGAUCGUUGGCAGACUGAACUCGAUCUGGACUAGUGCACAACCAGCAUAACAGAUGCUGCAACAGCACUGAUGAGUGAUGAUGAUAUGAAACGGUAAACUCUAGUUAAUCUAUCGCACGCCCUAUAUAUAUGUAAAUAUCCGAGGCGGUAUGAAAUUAAAGUCAGACGGUAUAUAUGA